AUAAAGGAGGACGACGACGGGAGAAGGACGGCUGGGAAGGUGCAGCCCGGGGACUGUGAUAUAGACCGUAAACAGCUGUGUUUUAUUUCCGAACCUAUGCCGGCGACUUUUAAAUAACCGUGUAUUAUAUUUUAGAUAUUUUUUAUUUUAAUUAUUUUUUUUUCCCGCUUGAUUUUCGUGUGGUUUCACACUACGCUAAUAAUGGCGAGCUCGGCUAACUCGAAUAUAGUGCCUAAACUCUAUAGAAAUGUAAUGGAAGAUGUGAUCAACGAAGUUCGAGAGCUCUUCCUGGAUGAGGGCGUGGACGAGCAGGUUCUCAUGGAGCUUAAAACGCUCUGGGAGAGUAAGCUCAUGCAGUCGAAGGCAGUGGAUGGCUUCCACACGGAGGAGCAGCAGGCCCUGCAGGUGCAACAGACCCAGCAGGUGACACAGACGCAGCAACCCAGUCAGUCUCAGCAGGUCCUCAUGCCCCCAGCGCAGCAAGCCCCACAGCAGCAGGUGAUUGUGCAGGAUCCCAAAAUCUUGCAGCACAUGAGUGCUACAGGCAUGAGUGCAGCAGCCACCGCGGCGACCUUGGCACUGCCCACUGGCAUGGCAGGAGUGGGACCCUACCCGCAGCUCAUCACCUCACAGGGUCAGAUCCUGCAAGUGGUCCGAGCGGCUAAUGGAGCUCAGUACAUCAUCCAACCCCAGCAACCAAUCAUGGUGCAGCAGCAGGUUCUACCCCAGAUGCAGCCAGGUGGAGUGCAGGCCCCAGUUAUUCAGCAGGUGCUGACUCCUCUCCAGGGAGCACUUCCUCAGCAGACUGGGGUGAUCAUCCAGCCGCAGCAGAUUGUCCUCACAGGGAACAAAGUGCAGCAGAACCCUCAGGUAAUGCAGGCAGCCAUGGCGGCACAGACGCAGGCUGGUCCGGGAGGGGCACAGGUGCAGGCCCAGGCUCAAGCCCACUCGCAGGCCCAAGGCCAGGUGCCGGCGCAGGUGCAGGGCCAGACGCAGGCCCCGGCCCAGCAGCCUGUGCAGCAGCAGCAGCCUCCCGUGAUGCUGCAGGUGGAUGGAGCCGGAGACACGUCCACAGAGGAAGAUGACGAAGACGAGGAUGAGUAUGAUGAGGAUGAAGAUGAAGACAAAGACAAAGACGGCGGGGAGGAUGGCCAGGUGGAGGAGGAGCCCCUGAACAGUGGAGAUGAUGUGAGUGAUGAGGAGGACCAGGAGCUGUUUGACACAGAAAAUGUGGUGGUGUGUCAGUAUGAUAAGAUUCACAGAAGUAAGAACAAGUGGAAAUUCCAUCUGAAGGAUGGGAUUAUGAACCUGAAUGGACGUGACUAUGUCUUUUCCAAAGCCAUUGGGGAUGCAGAAUGGUAAAGAAACAGACCCCAAAACAAACUGUCCAAUCUCCAUGCAAGACACUUCAAGACCCUGGACUGUAUGCGCUUUAGGAAAAGCACAUGGUUAGCGAUGAGGAGAGAUGUCCCACUACUGUCGCGUGAUGCCUUGAGCUGUGUGGAAACUCCAGGCCCCACCCCCCUGUACAGUGAUAGCGAGUGCCACCUGUUUGACCAGCAGAAUGGUGACUGCCCGUUUGGUCUGGUUCAUCUCGGGACAGAAGUCCCUAAUUCCUCGUAACAGUGAACCGUUUAAAACAGAAUGCCCAACUUGAACAAAAAAAAUAUCAAGUAGAGGCUGUACCGAGCAUAUCUGUAGUGCCUCGAACUAGCUGUGAAGUCCUCAGACCCCAGCGUGUACUCUGUAGAUUCCUGUGUGCUGCACCUGUGUGCAUUGUUGGUUGUAAUCUCAUUAGUUCUGAGACUAGAUCUGGGUUUCUAAGCCAAUCCUGCGAUGCAGGGAUUAGUUAACCAUGUUGUUUGUUCUGGAAUCCCCCCCACUGUUCUACAGCACCGUUGCCAUCAUGAGUUAGCCUAUGGUUCUUCAUCAAAAAUGGAAUAAAAAUGAAACACUAAACAGCAGACAACAGGAGCAACAACUGUGCUAGUGCACCAGCACUACCAUUUUGUGUCCCUUCCAUCUGAUUAAAGCAAACCUAUUUAAAUUUUUCAAUAUGUUCCUUUUAAGUCAGUGAAUAGAUUUAGACAAGUGUAACAUUUUCAAGUUUUUGUGUGUGUUUGUCUAAUACAGUAUUUUUCAGCUGGUUAAAGGUUUGCACUGUUGGCGUGAUGUAGUUACUAUAGCAUGCUUAGUUCCAGUGGCUUUAACUCACGUGUGUGUGCGCACAUGUGUGUUCGUGCACCAUGGAGUCAGACCAUGUCUGUCAAGUACCCGGACAACCGUGCUGCUUAUAUUGCAUUGCAGUUGAGGUUGUUUUUGGUUUUUUUGAGGAUUUCGUUAUUUGUAUUUAUUCCCGAAUGCUCAGGCACCAUCAUACAUCGGGGAUAAAGCUGCAUCACACUGUGCUCUUAUGGAAAAAGAAGUGGUCCUUUUCUUUCCACAGUCUGCUUUAGAAGGUUUAUGUUUUGUCCCAUUAUGACUCUUCUCUAUGAGCACACCGACAUUUGUUUGGAUCUUUUUUUUUUCUCUCCCCUUUUAAAAUCUGUCCUCGUGUCACACGUGCCGUAUUGCAAUCAGAGAUAUUCCUGUCUUUCAUCUGAAGCUGCCAUCUUCUGUUGGCUAGUGCUGAGGAUACUGGAAAGUCUCAAGACCAUUCUAAAUGUACAUUAUAAUCAGAUUGUGGUCCGAUGGAUGGAACAGCUUGUCACUUUCAGGUGAGGGUUUGUUUGUUUUUUGUUUUUUUUGUGUGUCGCAUUUUAGUAUAAUUAUUUCCUGCUUGUCAUUUUAUUGUUUGUGCCUUUCAAUAUAAUUUCUGCUAUCAGGUAUUUGCAAAAAUGGUAGCCUUUUUAGAGUAAAUUCUAAAGACUGUAUGCUUGGCUUUGUUUUUAUGAUUGUUAAUAAAUCAUGAGCAGGAACUGGUGUCUGGGGCAACAAUUUGAGAACUGUAUUUAUCUACUACUGUUUUAGCGAUCAUCUUGCUCUUCAUAAAUCACUACUGUGAGUUGGAAGAUGUGUUGGAAUACCAGAGAUCUUUUAGUAUUUGUUGAUCAGAUUCAUGGCUACUUUUUUUCCUUUGUAUAUGACUUUUAAUUAAAGGAUUAUGAAAACUA